AUGAAGCAGGCGAAUCCCCCCGAGGAGAACAGCUUCAGCGAGGUGGGGGCCGCUGCCCAGAGCGACCUGAGCCCCGGCAGCCGCGGGAAGCGACGCGGGGGGCUCCGGCGCCUGGUCCCCGACGGCUUCUGGGAGGACGCGAAGAAGCUGAUGGUGCUGGCGGGGCCGCUGAUCCUGAUCCAGCUGCUGAUCUUCCUCAUCCACCUCGUCAGCUCCAUAUUCUGCGGCCACCUGGGCAAGGUGGAGCUGGCCUCCGUCACGCUGGCCAUCGCCGUGAUAAACGUUACGGCCAUCUCUGUGGGUUACGGUUUGUCUUCAGCGUGUGACACGUUGAUAUCACAGACCUACGGCAGCAAGAACCUGCUGCGUGUGGGGGUGAUCCUGCAGCGUGCCAUCCUCAUCCUCCUGCUCUGCUGCUUUCCCUGCUGCGCCGUCCUCAUCAACAUCGAGCAGUUCUUGCUCCUCAUCCAACAGGACCCUGAGGUCUCCAGGUUAACCCAGCACUAUGUGAUGGCGUUUGUCCCCGCUCUCCCGGCUGUUUUUCUGUAUAACCUGGAGGCGAGAUACCUGCAGAACCAGAUGAUCAUGUGGCCGCUGGUGCUGAGCGGCAUCGUCGGCAACGUCGUCAACGUGGUCGCAAACUGCAUCUUCCUCUACGUGUUCCACCUGGGCAUCACGGGCUCUGCCUGGGCCAACACCGUCGCUCAGUACUCACAAACCGUCUUCUUGUUCCUGUAUAUUAUAGGCAGGAAACUUCACGUGAAGACCUGGGGAGGCUGGUCCAGCGAGUGCCUGCUGGAGUGGGACAGCUUCAUUUCCCUGGCUAUCCCCAGCAUGCUCAUGAUGUGCAUCGAGUGGUGGACCUAUGAAAUUGGGAGCUUCUUGAUAGGCCUGCUGAGUGUCGUGGAGCUCUCUGCCCAGUCCAUCAUCUACGAGGUGUCGGUCGUUGCUUUCAUGAUCCCGCUGGGGCUCGGCACUGCUGCCAGCGUGCAGGUGGGCAACGCGCUGGGCGCCGGCGACGCUGAGACGGCCAAGAGAUCCUCCUCCACCAGCCUGCUCUGCACAGGGGCGUUUUGCAUAGCUGUGGGGGCCAUUUUAGCAGCCACAAAGGAUGUGCUGGGAUACAUCUUCACCCAGGACAAGGAGAUUGUCAGCUUGGUGGCCUGGGUCAUGCCUGUCUACGUUGUCUUCCACUUGUUUGAAGCCACGUGUGGUGCCUGCAGCGGGGUGCUCAGAGGCAUAGGCAAGCAGAAAUUUGGUGCCAUCCUCAAUGCUGUGGGCUACUAUGGACUGGGCUUGCCCCUGGGAGCUGUGCUGCUCUUCGUGGCCAGGAUCGGCGUCAUAGGCCUGUGGCUCAGCAUGCUCGUCUGUGUCUCCAUCCUCUGCACCUGCUUCAUUGUCUACAUCUCCCGCAUGGACUGGAGGAAGGCAGCUGAGAAGGCUCAGCGCCGCGCAGGAGUGACCCAACCGCCGCCGGAGGAGCCGAACCUGGGCCCUGAACCCUCCUGCAAGGCACUUCCCACGGGUGUGGGACCAGCCCCUCCACCCCACACUUACCCCCCUGCCACGGUGUUGCAGGGCUGCAUAGCGGGAGCGGAUGCGCAGAACGGCAUCGUGCUCACGGGCAUCACCAGGACCGAGGGCCCGAGGUACCAGCUGGAGCCCCAGGAAGCCUCAUCUGCCCUGUCCCCUGUGCUCACCAAGGAGCUGCUCGUCCGGCGUGGGCUGGCGGCCGCCGCUGCCAUCGCGGUCCUUGCGCUCGGCGUCACCGUGAAGCUGCUCACCAGCACACACUGA